AUGUCUCCGAAUGUUGUGUUAGAAGAAGUGGUCCGUGAUGAUGAUGAUCAUCAUCAUGAGGAAAUUUCUCAUCCUUCCCGAACAAGACAUUCUCAUCAGCAUCAUCCGAUGAUCCCUUCCUCCCAUCAUCAUCAAACCACCAUCCCAUCGGAUCAUGAGGCUCCUUCUUCCUUCACGUUGGCACUUAUAAAAUCUCAUCCGAGAAAAUUAAUGCUUUAUUGGUUGAGUUGUGUUGUAAAAUUUACGUUUGCAAUCAUUGUGUUUGCAGUGGCCAUUAAUACAUUUGUGGCUUUAGGAGAUGUGGAUGAAUUGGAAAAAUAUGAUAAAACAAUGACAAGUAAAUUGACGGCAUUUAUGGUGGGAGUUUCAUUGUUACAUUUGUUUACGGGAACGGUGAUGGUGGUAGGAUCGGUGUGUGGAAUUGUGGCAAGUCUGUAUCCGGGUAGUAAGCCAAGUAAUGUCGUGAGCGACAGUAUGGGUGUGUCCAUUCAUGGCUCCGGAGCUGCAGUUGGAGAUUUUGGACAAAGUUUGGGAAGUGCUGUCGAUCAGGCGAAUAGAAACAUGUGGAAUCCAAUUUUUAUUUCUAGAGCUUUGAAAACUGCAAAUAUACGUUAUUAUUGUAGUAUUAUUUGGUUGGUGUGUUCAGUGUUGACAAUAUUAUUUCAGGUUGGACGAAUGAUUUUAGCAGGUGUAGGCGUGAGUGUCAUGCAUUUAAUGAUUGAGAGAUUCAAGUCCAUGCCAGAAUUAGAUGUACAGACAGAUGUAAUUAUUUUAAUUUUAACAUCGGUGGUUGCACUAGCUGCAUGCUCUCCAUUUAUCGUAUUGAGUUUUAUUGCCACUAGAAGAAUUCGCAACUAUAAAAAGGAACUGGAAAAACAACAGGAAUUGAUUAAAGACUCCGUCAUGGAUGACAUGGAUUCCACAGACCUCGAGUUGAAUCGAUCCAACACAUCUGUAUAG